AUGGGUAACGACGGCGGCUCCAUUCCCAAACGCCGCGAGCUCGUCAAAGAAGCUGCCCGCGCCCUCACUGUCAGCGAACUGAAAGCGAAUGCCCUAGAGUCCCUUGGACAUGCCUGGAACAAUGACCCCCGCAUAGGACAGCCCCUCGACAAAGACAAUGUCGUCUCAGAUUGGCGUGGCCGCCUCUACAAUUACGAGUCCAUCCUCCAGGGCCUUAUGCCCUCUGAUGACAACACCGAGUCGCCGCCGUCCAACCCUGAUUCCCAAGAGCUCACAUUCGCUUCCACCGGCAUCAAAUCAUUGCGCGACAUCGUGAAGCUGCGGUUUCACCGACAUACCCCGCCUGGGACGAAAAAGGAUGUUUGGGCUUGUCCUAUCUCUUUGAAGGAGCUGGGCCCCUCGGUCAAGGCCGUUUACCUCGUUCCCUGCGGCCAUGUGUUCGCCGAGCUUGCUAUCAAGGAGAUCCAAGAGUCGAGAUGUCCCGAAUGCAGCGAAGAGUUUAAAGGCGAGAACGUGGUGCCCAUCUUACCAGUGGAGGAAUCUGAGCUUAGAAAACUGGUGAAAAGGACGGACGACUUGAAAGCCGCGGGACUCGCUCAUAGCUUGAAGAAAGACAAGAAGGACAAAAAGAAGAAGCGGAAGGCGGAGGAUGACGCCCAGGAGGGCAGCAAAGCAGACAAAAAGAGGGCAGUAGACGGUUCGAUCGCUGCAGACUCUGUCAAAAAAGGGGCUUCCGGGAGGAUCGGCGGAAUCAACAAUCCCAUGGCGGCAUCAUUAACCGCCAAGGUGAUGGCUGAGCAGGAAGAACUCAGUAAGCGGAGAAAGAUGGCCUCCUCGAGAGGGUAG